CAUUAAUGUACGAACAGCGAAAGCUGAGGAAGAGAUAAAAGAAAGAAACAAAGAGAGAAGGCUGGGAUAUUCAUGACAUAAGACUCUUCAAUCUCUACCAGAAGAGGGGGAAUGACGAGAAGGAAGAUACCGAUAAAGAAAAUAGACAACGUAACAGCAAGACAAGUGACUUUCUCAAAGAGAAGGAGAGGUCUCUUCAAGAAGGCACAUGAACUCUCAAUUCUCUGUGAUGCUGACAUUGCCCUCUUGGUCUUCUCUUCCACCGGCAAGCUCUUUGAUUAUGCUAGCUCAAGUAUUCAGCAGGUUAUAGAAAGGUAUGAUCAACAUUCAGCCAUUCAAAUACAAGGCAAAUCAUCUGUUAAUCUGCAGCUUGAAGGUGAUGAGAACGAGCUGCAGAAGGUAGUAGCGCAAAAGACUCAUGAAUUGAGGCAGCUGAAUGGGGAAGAGCUUCAAGGAUGCACACUUGAAGAAUUGCAGACGCUAGAGGAGAGACUUGAAAGAGGCUUGUCCCGUCUUUCAAAAACAAAGGAUGAAAGAAUCUUAAUACAGAUCAAUGCACUCAAGAAAAAGGGAAUCCAACUCAUGAAAGAAAACCGAAGAAUGAAGCAGAGCCUUGUGCAUGAACAAGGGCAGUCUUCUGAGUCCAUCAUCAUUUGCAGUUCAUCUGACAUUAAUCCUCCUCAAGACUGCGGUAGUUCUGAUAAGUCUCUCAGGCUUGGGUUGUCUUUAUUCAAAUAAAAGCAUAAAUGUUUAUUCGUUAGAGAACUAUAUUUAUGAACAGGGAAACACGAUCUCUAGCAUCCAUUUUUAAUGGUCACUUAAAAACCAUUGUGUGUGUGUGUGUGUGUAGGGCAACAAGGCCAAGCCGAGAGAACUGUACUACAACUCUCUCUCUCUCUCUCUCUCUCUCUAUCUAAUUUCUUUUGGCUAAUUCGUUAAAUACUGCAAUUAGAUAAGUAAUAAUUAGUCAUCUCUUGCAUUAUUGGAAGUGUUGGACUUUUAUGUUUUCCUCACUUUUUUUCCUUUUCGUUUUUGUGAACAUAGAAUGCUUUGCAGAGAACGAACUAUAAAGCAAUUGUUUAUCAAUUCAGAAAAAAGGUACUUUUUGAAUUGACUGGACUCCCUAGUGGAUACAGCACUAACAAUUAUAUUUAAACAAUUCACCAAAACAAAACAAAAAACCAACUAUGUUUAAGCAUUUCCAAUCAAAUUAAAACAAAAAAAGAUAUAUUUACAUAUGCAUGGGGGCAUGAUAUGAUACACAUCUUCAUUAACUGCAAA